AUGGCUUCUGCUGUUGAUUCCCCCCGGCGCACUCGCCUCCUACCCAUCCUCCUCAACGACCUCGAGGUGAGUUGCCUGACGCCAUUUGUGACCUCUCUAACAUUUUUAGGCAUCCUCAAGAACUCGUAUCAGAAAUCUCCUCCUACCUCGCCGAACCACGAUCGUCCCGGCAGCGAUAAGGAACUCACCAUCGCCAACACUCAAAUCAACGCUGGUCACCGUCGUUCUUCUUCUGGAGCUCGCCCUACUGGAUCUCGUCGUCAAUCAGGUGCCAACAAUUCCAUCGGAGACGUUCUCGAACCAUCUCAACGACUCAAGUGGGACGAGGUAAACCUCUACCUCACGGAGCAGGAACGCUCCUCUACCAUGAAGAUCACAGAACCAAAGACUCCCUAUGCCAAACACUACGACCCAGCCGAGGACCCGUCGGACGAAGACGAGGAUCCUCUGGCGGACGCUGGUGCUCGUCUUAAGAAUUCACGUCCAAGCCGUGAAGAUGACAUUCCGGGCCUUUCGUUGGGCGAACCGGAAGAGGAGAUCCCGGACGCGGGCGCGCCGUCACCCCGCAGCGAAAAGAGCGUCCACGUCGACGACGAGAGCAGCAUCGGCCACGACGCGGAGGAGGAGCUGGCAGGCAUGUCUCCCGAGGAGCGUGAGAAGCACAGAAAGUUUGAACAGCUCCGAAAGAGACACUACGAAAUGAAAAAUGUGGCCCAGCUCCUGGGCCACCCCGAGACGCUCCCGGAUGAGGAUGAGGAUGAGGAUGACGAGGGUGAAGUGCCACCUGUGCCACAGGUACCGCGCGUGCCCAACGGUACUGCGUAGGAUGUUAGGGAGACAUGAUGAGGGUUGUGAACUGGCUAGGGCAUUAGGAUGGAGUUUUGAGGAUAUCAUUAUUGGGCGUUGGCAGAGGAGGAGUGUGAGGUUAUCUGAUUACUCGCUCGCUUUCAAGAUUCUGAUGGAGACAAAGGAUACAUAGUCUCGUUACGUAUCGGUAGAGGACAAGUUUCAUUUCCUAAUAUUUACGGUUAUCCCAGAUUCUG